AUGAGUCUAGUGGCAGUCUUUGGCGUCCAAUGGGGCGAUGAAGGCAAGGGUAAACUUGUAGACGUCCUCACCCAAAACUCCAAAGCAUGCGCUCGCUACAACGGUGGCGCGAAUGCGGGUCACACGAUCGUGUAUGGUGACCAAAAGGUGGGGCUACGUUUGUUACCUUGUGGAAUCAUGCACAAGGGGUGCAAGAAUGUGAUCGGGAAUGGUGUGGUGGUGAGUUUAUCGGUGUUGGCUGAAGAGCUGGAUGCAGUAGCGGCAUUGGUUGGUGAGAGCAUCGACGAUCGGGUGGUGUUGUCUUCACGAGCACAUCUGACUUGCCAAAUGCAUUUAUUGGCGGAUGGUUUGACCGAGGCGCGAACAGAAGGUACUAAAGAUAACAUCGGAACUACACGUCGGGGAGUUGGUCCUUCCUACGCUGCAAAGGCUUUGCGUAUUUCUCUUCGAGCCUGUGACUUGCUCAAGUCCUGGACAGAAUUCGAAGCGCUCUAUUGGAAAGAGGUCGAGUUCUUUAAGCAAGCUUAUGGCUUAACAGACCUCAGGCCUUUAUACUUGGAAUUGGAGCACCUGAAGCAACUCCGGGUCCGAUUUGCACCACUGGUUCAAGACAUAGUAGUUACCAUGGACGAGAUUUUGGCUCAGCCCUUACGUCCCGUUGUGCCUAGCGGGACAGUGGAGUUGGAUAUGGGACGUACGUUGCUAAGUCGCCCUUGGCAUGUAGUGGUGGAAGGCGCGAAUGCGACAAUGCUGGAUAUUGAUGUUGGUACGUAUCCGUUCUGCACCAGUUCUACAGUGCUACCGUCGGGUAUGGGUGCCGGGUUGUCGUUGGACCCGCGUCGACUGACGCAUGUCGUUGGCGUCGUUAAGGCAUACACGACCCGUGUGGGUUCUGGGCCUUUUCCGACCGAGCUUACAGAUGAUGUCGGCGAUUUCUUGCAACAACAAGGCAAAGAAUUCGGCGUCGUUACAGGACGACGCAGACGCUGUGGGUGGUUGGACCUGGCUUUGGUCAAGUACUCCUGUUUUAUCAGCGCACCGGACUCCAUCAUGCUCACCAAACUGGACGUCUUGAGUCAGCUAACGGACAUCAAAAUCGCCAUCAACUACAUAAGACCCGACGGCUCCAAAUGCCACCCAAAAUACUUCCCAGCAGACCUUGAUGAACUCGCCUCUCUAUCAUGCGAAUACCUCACUCUGCCCGGCUGGAAACAAGAUAUAACUCACUUACCAUCCUACCAAGACCUGCCACCCAACGCCAAAGCCUAUGUUGAAACCAUCGAACGAAUACUACAGAUACCAGUACUCUUCAUCGGCAUCGGUCCUGGAAGCGACGACAUUCUAACUAGGUCGUCCUCACUCUGA